AUGGGUUCUUCUGGGAGACGGAUGCUCUUGACCCUGUGUGUGUGUCUCACCGCUCUGGAGAAUGCUGCACUCCGGGUAACCAUGAGGGAAUCCAACCUCAACGUGGUUCGAGGGGAUUUUGUCAUCCUGCCCUGCUCCUUCUUCACCUCCAGCCCCCUCUCCAGACUCAACGUCAUCUGGACUCUGGCUCCCUUCUCAAGUCCAGAAAUCCCAAUACAGGUGAUUGUGUAUGACCAUGGACAGGUGAUUGAAGACCCAGCUCUCAUUGGCAGGGUGGGUUUUACAGGUAUUCCAUGGAGUGCAGACAUCGUCCUGAAUGACACACGUGUGUCAGAUGCUGGUAUUUACCGCUGCAUGGUUAAUAACCCACCAGAGACGGCAGAUCCUGGCAUUGGAGAACUGGAGCUUAGUGUCCUGGCACCACCCUCGCUGCCUGUGUGCCAGUGGGAUGGAGAUAUUGAUAUGGGAGGAAGUGUCACGCUGUCUUGCUCAGUAGCAGAGGGUGUCCCCACUCCGGAGAUCCGUUGGGAUAAACUGAAUCCAGAGGAAAUUGCACUUCCCAUCAACAUGGAGGGGCAUCUGUCAGGCUCCGUCCAAAUUGUCAAUGUGUCAUCUCAGACAUCCGGCCUGUAUCGCUGCUCUGCCGCUAACCUCCUAGGAAAAGAGAACUGCUAUGUCAACCUGUCCAUCUACAGCGCCCCAGACAGGUCCUCGGGCAUACUGCAGGGUGUGCUGCUGACGUUGUCCAUGAGUCUGGUGCUGCUGGCGCUGCUGGCACUCGUGCUGUGGCUCCAUCGCACGGGACAGGACGGGAGGUGGAGGGAGGGGAAAGAGGAGGAGGAGUGUUACAAUGAGAUCCGGUAUACUCCGUCUCUGAUGAAGCGCUCCUUUGUUUGAUUUUUCAACAUCCACAGGAAAAGAAAAAAAAAAAAGAAAAGCUCCAACCCCGGUAUCAAACAAAAGACUGGAUUUUUACGUCUAGACAGCCUCCCUGUAUACUACUGUAUCUCUGUACAACA